CUAUUAGCUUAAUUUUUUUUAAUAGAUAAUCAUGUAAUUAUGGUUCAACGUAUGAUUGGAUCCCAGCAACUUGGAACUGGUGGAUCAUCUGGAUAUCAGUACUUACGAUCAACAUUAAGUGAUCGAUAUAAAGUUUUUUUGGACUUAUUUAAUUUGUCAACCUUUCUAAUACCCCGAGAAGCUAUACCACCGCUUGACGCAACAAUAAGGAGGGAAUUAGUAAACUAAUUGAAAGCAUUUUAAUGAUAUAAAAAUGUUUCUAAUUUUCCAUAAAUUUAAAUAAUAAGUGGUUCUUUUUUGUUAAUUUUAUGA